GCAGUCUUAAUUUUGUGUUGAAAGAUGUUGUAACGAUGUUACAUAUCAUUUUUUAUAGAAAUCAAAGGGACAUUGGUUCAGUGGAUAUUAAAGAAUCCGGACAGCAUUUUAGUAGUUCUUAAAAUAAUUGCGUAGGCCGGCUGUCGCGACACGCGACAAUCAUUGGUGACGCUAUCAAAACCAUGAAAACACUUGCUCGAUACAAGUUCAAAACGUUUGAAAUGUAAUAUAAAUAAGUGCGUCAAAAUGAAUAGACAUGUUUCCAGAAAUGAUCGAUUUGUAUGCAUUAUCUGGAAAGGCGAAUAGGAGGAUGAUGGAAUGUUUUGGCAAUAAAUCCGAUUAUUUCUUGUGUUGUGGUUCCAUCCAUCGGCGGGGAUGACAAGAACGGGAGUUGAGUAGCUUUCAGUUUUCAGUAAAGCGCGGGCGAUCGCUAUGAUACGCUCACCCGGACACCGGCCGCGGAGAGCGAAUACUCGUAGCGAACAUGAAAGAAAGAGGAAAAAGGUGUUACGCGAGGGCAGCGCGAGAUGGUGCGGCGGCAUGAGCCAGGUGCCCGAGGACACGGAUGACGAUGUGGAAGCGGCCUACAUCUCCAGCGACGAAUCCGCACAUGGGGUCGACCUCGCGGAGCGUCUUCGCGUCAAACCCUCACCGGAUAUUUGGGAACUAGAUGAAAUUGAUUACAAUUUACGACAUCUCCCACUUGCCGAAGAAAUAUCUACAACCAUUGAAUCUGGACACUAUGAUGAGACUAUAGAAAUCGCAUCGAACACAGAAAAUGGGCUGUUAACAGCUGCAUUGUGGGCUUGCUGGCUCGGGCGGAGUUCAUUGCUUUCCAGAUUGUUAAAGCUGGGACUCGACCCGAAUCGAACUGAUGAAGCUGGAAGAACAUGUCUGCAUUUAAGUUGUUUAGUAGGCAGCGAUGAGUGUUCCAAACUGUUACUGGAGCACGGAGCAAAUCCGAACAUGUGGGACACAUCGACAGACAAAAAAGCCACACCACUGCAUUGCGCUGCGAGCGCGAAGAGCUUGGCGUGCGUCAAGGUGUUAAUUGCUUACGGAGCCGACGUUAAUGCCGGUCUCAGCGAGCGGUCUCCCCUACAUUAUGCGGUACUGAGCGACGCGCCUAUAGUCGUCAAGGAGUUAUUAGCAGCAGGCGCGUGUCCUGACACACCGCAGGUAUUCACUGAGACACCCUUGCAUGUGGCGGCGUCUCUUGGUUCGGCAUCAUGCACUAAGUUAUUAUUGGACGCGGGAGCUGACGUUAGAGCAGCAUUGGGAGCUGGUAGGGCUACGGCCUUACACCUGGCAGCUGAAGACGGUCACGCAGAGUGCGCAAGACUACUUCUCGAACACGGAGCACGCAUUGAUUUGCCGAACUUAAGAGGACAAACUCCGUUACAUCUAGCCGCAUUAGCACAAUCACUAGAAGUUGUCGAGUUGCUAGUGAUCAAACGUGCAGACGUUCGGGCUCGAGACGGAGACGGACGAACCCCCCUGCACGGAGCCAUCGUCAGAGGAGCUCGUGCUUGCGAUGUAGCACGGACGCUCCUGUCUGCAGGAGCCGACCCUAAUGCACCUGAUAAUUUCGGAUACACUCCUCUGCAUAUUGCCGCCUUAAAUGAGUUCUCCGCCUGCGUAUUGUUAUUGUUAGACUAUGGGGGUGACGUGACUCUGCGUACGAACGGCGGUGUAUCGGCGCUGUCGUUUAUAGUGAGGCGGGUGCCGGACGUGAUACCGCGGUAUUUGUGCAAGCUAGACGAUGCGGUGCAUGUCAGUGAACAUGAGUUGGGCGACGUUGAUUGCGAGCUCGUCAUAGACUUCAGGCCUUUAGUGCCCUGCCUUAGUAGAGGCGAAGCUGAGCUGUUAUUAGCUUUUAUUGAGGUGGGCCGAAAAGACGUCCUGAAACAUCCAGUUGCAGAAACGUUUCUUUUCCUAAAAUGGCGAAGGAUACGAAAGUUUUUCGUUAUGAGCUUUAUCUAUCACGCACUGUUUAUUACUUUGUACAGUCUCUAUAUUCUCCAAAUAUUUUUAUGUGAAUCAAGAAGUUGUGAUGUGCCAACAUAUCUUCGACCAGUCCAGUACCUAAUACUCUUACUGAACACCUGUUUCUUGUCUAAGGAGAUAUUUCAAUCAUGCCUGGAUUGGUCUGCAUACAUUAGGCAAUGGGAAAAUUGGUUGCAAUGGUUGAUUAUUUUAGGAGUAUUUUUGUGUACGAUACCUAGGUGGGAUAAUGGUGAGAUAAGACAUAAUACAUCAAAUUGGCAGCACGAUAUCGCAGCUAUUACUAUAUUCUUUUGUUGGCUGGAGUUGAUGAUGAUCAUCGGCCGGUUUCCAACGUUCGGUUUAUAUGUGCAAAUGUUCACGACGGUAACGGUGAACUUCGCAACAUUUCUGCUGGCAUACAGCUGUUUGCUGAUAGCCUUUGGACUGGCGUUCAGCGUGCUAUUCAGCAACUAUGCCGCGUUCCAGCUCCCCGCAUCUCUAGUGAAGACUGUCAUGAUGAUGUCAGGGGAACUGGAGUAUGAGGACAUAUUCUACAGCAACAGUACCACGCAGUCUCAUUACCCGGCUACUGCGCAUGGAAUGUUCCUGAUAUUCGUGGUCCUUGUCACAGUUAUACUGACCAACCUUCUGGUUGGAUUGGCUGUUAGCGAUAUUCAGGCAUUGCAAGAGAGCGCAGGUCUAGACAGGCUAGUUCGUCAAACACAACUAGUAGCACACCUCGAAAGCAUGCUAUUCAGCUCACUCCUGACGUGCGCGCCCAAGCAAUUGCUCGGCGUGCUGCGCUGGGGGGCUCUGCUGACCGCCUCUCAUACGCGCACGCUCACGAUACGACCGAACGACCCCAGGGAGAACAGGAUCCCGAAAGAUUUAAUAGCAUCUGUCUACAAAAUGGUGGCCAGUCGGAAAAGUACACGGAAAAGCAUAAAACACAACAACAACUACGUGUUUAGAAUAAGGAAAUGUAAGGGAGAAGAGGAGGCUCCAAAGCAAGACCUAGUCAAGAGGAAAAGUAACUUGUUUGACAGAUAUUCAUCGGAGAGCCAACAAGUUGAGAGAAGAAAGCGGACCACAUCAGCAUCAAAUGCGGACAGAAUCAGACCACAGUCACUCAAUAUCAAUGCCAUACAAGAAAUAUGUAUGGUGGAUAUAAAAACACAGUUAUUAGAAUUAACAAAGAGGGUAAACAAGUUAAUAGAUACAACAGAAACGAGGCUAAAUCAGAUUGAAAAUAAAAUCAGUCAGCCACCUUAAAUAGAUAUGGAUAAGCUAAUUCUUAUCUUUUAUAUUAUGCAGUCUGGUGUUGGAGACUAUAUUAUAAUGUUAUCCAUAUAUCUUUAAGUACUGCUGUUUGAAUUUACAGGUGUUGUUAUACAAAAUUGUUAUGCCUAUCUUUUUAAGAAUUACAAUCUCGAUUAUUUUCA